CGUGCGCAUGCGUCUCUGCGGCUGCCGGGCGAGGCGGAAGCCGGAAGCGCAGUCCACGGAGCGAUGGCAGCCGGUGGCGGUCUGAGCCGCUCGGAGCGCAAGGCAGCUGAGCGUGUCCGGAGGCUGCGGGAGGAGCAGCAGCGGGAGCGCCUCCGCCAGGUGUCACGCAUCCUGAGGAAGGCGGCUGCAGAGCGCAGCGCGGAGGAGGGCCGGCUGCUGGCCGAGAGCGAGGAUCUGGUGACCGAGCUGCAGGGUCGGAGCCGGCGGCGUGAGGGCCUCAAGCGCCGUCAGGAGGAGGUGUGUGAUGACCCCGAGGAGCUGCGAAGGAAGGUCCGGGAACUGGCCGGAGCUGUCCGGAAUGCCAAACACUUGGUGGUCUAUACAGGCGCCGGGAUCAGCACGGCAGCUUCUAUCCCGGACUAUCGGGGCCCUAAUGGAGUAUGGACACUGCUUCAGAAAGGAAGGCGUGUGAGUGCCACCGACCUGAGCGACGCGGAGCCCACUCUCACACACAUGUGCAUCACCCGUUUGCAUGAGCAGAAGCUGGUGCAGCACGUGGUGUCUCAGAACUGUGAUGGACUCCACCUGCGCAGCGGGCUGCCACGCUCUGCCAUCUCCGAGCUCCACGGGAAUAUGUAUAUUGAAGUGAGCAGUACCAGAGGGACACAGGGCCUGGGUGAGGGACAGAUCUCACUUACCGUGCCCUUUCGUCCCCAGGUCUGCACCUCCUGCAUCCCUAACAGGGAGUAUGUACGAGUGUUCGAUGUGACGGAGAGAACCGCCCUUCACCGACACCAGACUGGCCGGUCCUGCCAUAAGUGUGGGACUCAGCUCCGGGACACCAUUGUGCACUUUGGGGAGAGGGGGACAUUGGGGCAGCCUCUGAACUGGGAGGCAGCGACCGAGGCUGCCAGCAAAGCAGACACGAUCCUGUGUUUAGGGUCCAGCUUGAAGGUACUCAAGAAGUAUCCCCGCCUCUGGUGCAUGACGAAGCCUCCUAGCCGGCGGCCCAAACUCUACAUUGUGAACUUGCAGUGGACCCCGAAGGACGACUGGGCUGCUUUGAAGCUUCAUGGGAAAUGCGAUGAUGUCAUGCAGCUCCUCAUGGAUGAAUUGGGCCUGGAGAUCCCUGUCUACGACCGGUGGCAAGACCCCAUUUUCUCCUUGGCCACUCCCCUCCGUGCUGGCGAAGAAGGCAGCCACAGCCGGAAGUCGCUGAGCAGGAGCCGAGAAGACGCCCCACCUGGGGACCAGAGUGCCCCGCUUAGCCCAGCUCCCCCCAUUCUAGGAGGCUGGUUUGGCAGGGGCUGUGCCAAGCGUGCGAAGAGAAAGAAAGCUGCAUAGCCAGGUGUCGACAGAGAACCAUGGGCACUUUGUAGACGGCGCGGACGCUUGUUCAGGGGCCUCUGUCACCGUGAAGGCUGCAGCGCCCCCACAGGAUCCAGUGGGAAGAACUCUUGGGGGUGACAGUUCACGGUGACGUUUCUUUAGCCAUUUGUCCUUGUGAUUGCACCCACAGGGGCUUGACUUUCAAGGACACUUUCCUUCCUUCACCCUCUUCAAAGGUGGCAGCAAGGCCUUUCUUCGUUUUUCCGGCCUGGCCAGCAGAGGAGCCCCCCACUGCCUUACCUCACUCCAGGCUAGUCUCAGGGCCUCACUAUUUCUACUACUUAGACUAAAGUGUGUUCACUUUAUAGAAACCUUUUUCUGUGUUGGGUAUGUGGCAUAGGGGCGGGUCCAAGCCCCCAGUCUGAGCAAGUCUUAAUAAACAUCUCUCUACUGCC